AUGACUUACUUUGGUAACCUCUUUACGAGUAUCCCUCGAGGGAAAGAUGGAAGCUGUUAUGGCAAGGGAAUCAAUACCGACAUGAGGGAUACCGAAAUGCUCCUAAAAGAAGGCAUCGCGGUUCUUGAUGAAUUGAUUCAAGGGCCAGUCCCUAAAAACCACCACUCAGUCCGUUAUCUGAACAUGGCGUCCGCAAUGUUUGGUAUCCAAUAUGAUCUACGAAAGGAUGGGCGGCUAGAGGUCGUUGAAGGACAGGCUCGAUUGACUCAGGCUAAAGGGUACAUGGAAAAUGCGAAGAACCUAUUACUUGAUCCUCGGACAGAGAGUGCAAGGUGGAAACUUGAGUGUGGCGACAAAGACUUGAUAUGGGCAUCGACUCUAGGAGAUAUGGGAGUCAAGAAGAGCCAAAAAAACCCAGACCCUGAAGAAUCUCUUCCUAAAGCUGUAGCAGAGCGUUCUGGAGACGAGGAGAUCGCGAAAUAUCAAGGACUUUUCUACUCCGCAUAUUGGCAGCCCUUCUCCCUCCGGUCCUCUACAAAAUGGAAAACAACGCUUUAUUUACUCCCGGCGACACCCGAAUCUACAAAGUCAGGUUUCUGUGGCACCGAUGAGGCGGCCGUCACAUUUUCAUCUGCUAAGAAGAUGGGCGCGAAAGAUUAUUUGGUUUUGUGCGACUCAUACUUCGAAGAGAAGAGUCUUGCCUGGGCUCACCGCCACGUGAAAGACGCCGAGUCCCUGGAUUAUUUUGCUGUGAAAGCAGGAACCCUAGUACAUGAACUCAUGCAUAUGGCGAACCCAGAUGUUGUUAUCGAUGAGGACGUUAGAACAGCAACGGGGAGACUAGUGCCUGCGCAACGAUGGAAAAGAUGCAAGGAAUUGGCGGAAUCAGUCGACGACCAGAAAACUGUCACAAAUGCGGAAACCUAUAGACUUUUCACCCUAGGGGUCAUGCUAGUGGAAGGUGACUGGUGGCCGGAAGGUUAUAAAGAGAAUGUUUACGGCUGUGAAUAG